GUGUCUCCCACCUCCCAACAGGCUCAAAGUACUGCUCCCCGCAGGGCAACCUGGCCAUGUCAAUUGCCUUCACCCACUCUCAUUCACCUCUCUAGACCCGCUAACCCCGCGAUACUUCGCACCAGCUUGCAGCUUUCAUUUCAUGACCGAAGUCCGACGGAACACGCUGCUACACCUUCCGGACAUGCCCGCUCCGCGUACAACCCACUGGGACGACGAGGAUGAGGACGAUGCUAGCCCUCGCGGUCAGAAACGAUGGUUUCACUAUAUUCCAGUGCUCCUGGCUGUGCUACUCAUGCUAAUACCGCACCCCUCCCUCCUGCUUGUCCUCGUCAACUACCACCUCCGAGUGCUCAAAUCUCCCGCACGCUUUCUAUUCCACCUCUUGGCCACAUAUACCCUCACCUUCCUGGCCUUCUCUUCUCUCAUCCUUAUCCUCGCACGCGACCCCGGACCCGUCACAUCUCCGAGGAUGGCGGAGGCAGCGGAUAGCCUCGACGAACGGGAAGACAUGAGCUUCAUGCAAGCGCUGCUCGCGACUGAGGAGGACGACAAGCGGCCGGGCAACUGGUGCCGGAAGUGUUCCGCGCCUAAGCCCGAGCGGACACACCAUUGCAGUACGUGCGGGAGGUGUGUCCUCAAAAUGGAUCAUCAUUGUUAUUGGCUCGGCGACAGAUGUAUUGGUCACCGCACAUACGCCGCCUUCAUCCAUCUACUCACCUGCAUUGUAUUUCUCUCUGUAUACAUUGCCGUCCUGUGUGUACAAGCGGUGUAUUUUGCCUUCACCAACCCAUUAGCCAUCGACGAAAACACACCACUACACGACAUAUACCUCGCAUUUUACGGAAUCAUCAUGGCCCUCGUGUUCGGGUCAUUCUGGAUGUACCACAUAUACCUCACGACCACGAACCAGACCACGCUCGAGAACGUGUCCCCCUUCCUGCUCCUGCGCCACCUCCCGCCGCUCCCGCGCCCGCCGCCCGACGCGCAGAUCCUCUCCGACCCGCCGCUCGAGCACCAGCUCUCGCACGCGCAGCGGCGCCUCGUCCGCGACGCUCACUUCCACAUACGGGCAUACGACGUCGGCUGGCGGAAGAACUGGGCGCAAGUGAUGGGGUGGGACCGGCCGUGGGGGUGGGUGCCCCGGCUGCUUGUAGGGGGCGGAUGCAAGGGCGACGGGCAGACUUUUCCUAGGAAUCCGCGGGCGGACGAUAUGCUGGCCCGCCUGGCCGACGAAUUGGUCUCGAUAGACAAGGACUAGUUAUUAUUUCCGCGGACAUUAUGCACUGACUAAUGAAUGGACGUCUCGUCUGGAUGCCUGCUCGUCGGCGAAAUCAUCGAAUGCCUUGCUAAGCGUUGCCCAUGGCUAUUGCCAAUCUAGCAUUCAGACUGUCCGUGUGGCAUGCCGUUGAUGGCGUCAAGGUAAGUCUCUAC